GAACAACAUUUCAUUGUACCAUGAGUUCAUGAUGACCACCAUUGCUGGAGAUGGUGUCAUUGUUGGUCAUAGUGGCAUAUCUGUAGAGGCAGCCACUAUUGCCUUCUUUGUCCAGAUCUAAUUUUAAAGUAAAAUCAAUUUUUACCAAUUUACUGUGAUAUAUUUCGUUCACAGGCUAGAAGAUGAAAUGGAAACGUCACUUCCUCUACUGUUGGAAUCUAUUCCCUUGUCAAGAAAUGUGUUAUGUACAUUCCCUCCUUGUGGAACUGUUUUAAGAGUCACAGUGGAUUCUGGUAAUUUAAAGUUUGGCCUGAACCACAUUAAAACAGGCCAAUGGGUGAAACUCUUAAGUUUGAGGUGUGAAGUUCGUUCAUCAUUGUGGUGUGCUGUUCUAAUGCCAUUUACAAAAUUGUGCAACCUGUCUGAUGACGAUGAUCUUGUAUUACAACAUAAAAGGAUCUAUGAUGAUCGUUUCUCAUCAAAAUAUGGAUCCAUGCCUCUGUCAUGUUUUCCGUGGCAUUCUGGAAUGACAAGGACUUCAUGUUCUAGUGUACCUUUCACCACUUUGACGAAUGUUCUAAGCUAUCCAGAGGUGACGUACAGGUUUCGGUGUCUCGUUCGAGUAGCAGCAGCGUUACCAUGGCGUGUUUCAGAUUUACGCUCUCCUUCAGGGACCUAUAGGAUCAGGUUGACACUAGAAGAUCCAACCGCAAGGAUCCAUGCUUUUUUAUAUGCAGAUGAUGCGGAAAAGUUCUUCAGUCUUAUCCCAUCAGCUGAUGAAUUAAGUAGGACGUGGAACCUUUUGCUUGGUGUUCCUACGAGCGAUGAUGCUUCCAGAUCUCCACCAUGGAUCGAGUGCUGCCUCAAGUCUUAUUACCUUGACAAAAGUGACAUUUGGGGGAGUAGAAACUAUCGGAUCUUUGCAACAACUCUCUUGAAGGGCCCCUGAGGAAAUGCUGCUCUCAUUUGUAACCUUUUGUACAUCAUUUUGGUAAAUAUGGUGUGGACAUUAGCACUUUGGAGUUGUAGAAAUGAUUUUAUAGUUCUAAUUAAUAUUCCUAGCCUAAAUUCUGCUUUG